UUUAAGUGCGAACCUUUCGGUAAUGACACUAUAUCCGGUUACUUGCAAAAUCGAUUUGAAAACCGAAGAAGCACAACUUUCCAUGUAGAUAACACCAUUAGAUUGAAUCAAUAUGAUAAUAACACUGAAAACUUUGCAACAACAAACGUUUAAGGUUGAAAUUGGGGAAGAUGAGUUGGUAAAGAAAUUAAAAGAAAAAGUAGAGGCAGAGAAAGGAAAAGAAACGUUUCCUGCUGGUGGACAGAAAUUGAUUUAUGCUGGUAAAAUCCUUGAUGAUGAAAAGAAAAUAGCAGAAUACAAAAUAGAGGAGAAAAACUUUGUGGUUGUUAUGGUAACCAAGCCAAAAGCAGCACCAGCUAAACCAGCAGAAACGCCAGCUGCCCCACCCCCUGUUGAAGCAGGUUUAGCUGUUGUGACACCAACACCUACUCCAGCAACACAACCAGAGACGAAACCGGAAGAAAAGAAAGAAGAAACCCCUCCAAGUACUACCACAGAGUCUUCACCUGCUCCUCCAGCAACAACAACAACCACUACAGCUACUACAGCAGCAGGUUUAGCUGAAGCUGUUUCAUUGGCAUCUGCAGAAAGUGCUCUAGUUACAGGACAGCAAUAUGAAAAUAUGGUUACAGAAUUAAUGAGUAUGGGCUUUGAAAGAGAACAAGUACUUAGAGCACUGAGAGCUAGUUUCAACAAUCCAGACAGAGCUGUAGAAUAUUUGUUAGGGGGCAUUCCUGAUGUACAAGAACCUGCACAACCAGUAGCACCUUUAUCACAACAACCUACUUCUGCUACAGGAGCACUGCCUGCCACAACUGGAGCACCAUCAGCGUCCCUAGGAGCACCACCUCCAGCUGCUGCAGGGGCUCCUCCUACUUUAACAGGAGGACAAGCAAGCACUGGGGAAGAUCCUUUAGCAUUUUUAAGAACACAGCCACAGUUUCAAAGAAUGAGACAAUUAAUACAACAGAAUCCCCAGAUCUUACCAGCUUUACUUCAACAAAUUGGUCAGUCAAAUCCACCAUUAUUACAGUUAAUUAGUCAAAAUCAAGAGCGAUUUAUUCAAAUGUUAAAUGCACCUGUAGAUGAAGAAGGUGGUUCAGAAACCACAGCACAGGGAGCAGGAGGAUUGGGUCCUUCUCCACCUGGUGGUGAAUAUAUACAAGUUACACCCCAAGAAAAAGAAGCAAUUGACAGAUUAAAAGCUUUAGGAUUCUCAGAAGCAAUGUGUAUUCAAGCUUAUUUUGCAUGUGAAAAAAAUGAAGAAAUGGCAGCAAACUUUUUGUUGUCGCAAGGUUUUGAUGACGAUGAGGGACAGAGCUGAUAGACUAAAUAAAUAAACCAAUUUGUGACAUUAUAUAAACAUUUUCGUUAAGCGUUGAAUAUUACAGAAUUUUUUUAUUAUAGACAAAAUUUAAUAGGAAGACAUCUAUAAUACAUCAUUUUCCAUAUCCACAUGCUGUUUAUGCUUAAUAACUGUUAAGAUUAAUUACAUGCAAGCUAGAAGGAUACACACAAGUUGUAAUGAUACCAGAUAUUUGUUACUCUGCAAUGUAAUUAAAAACAUGGACCGUUGAAGUCCAUAAAUUAAGAUUGAAACAACUUAAAUACUUGUCUUCUUUGCAUGUAUCUAAUUUUUUUUGCCUACAGACUUUCUGUGCUUUUCUGGCUAUUUGAUUUAGUAUCAGAUUUAAGCAACAGACGAAAAAAAAAAAUUUAUCCCAAUUUUUUGUUUUCCAAACUCCCAAUUGCAUCAUAAUUGUAAUUGUUAACUUGAGUUACUGUGCUUAUUGUCUGUUGUCAGUCAUUUGAAAACUUUCACAUUUUCCUUAACUCUGCUGAUACUACAAUUGUUGAUUCUGGUUGGUUAGUUUUCAAAUUUCUGCUCCUUGAAACUAAAAGGCCAAAUCUUUUGAAAUUAAAGAAGUCUUUACACACCUGUCCAGGCAACAACAUGGCCGACAAAGGAAAUUCUUGAUUAUGAUUGGUCAAUUUUCAAAUUUCUUCUUGAUGCCAAACUUAAGAAGAUUCAAUAGGUAUUACGGGUGUUAACGAAUGGUCAUUUUUGACAUGUGGCAUAGUUCUAGGUGAUCCAUACUGGUCCAUUUUAACCUCGAGUUUCAUUAGUUCAUUUAUCUUAAGCACUAAAAUAGUCUUCUACUGUCAGGUCUGAACAGCAAGUUUUGCAUAAGGAUUCAGUCAUUGUUAGUAAGAAAGAAUAAAUCUUGUGAAAAUGAAAUUCAUGCUAUUAAUAUUGAUAUUGAUUAAACAGUCAAAGCAACUGACCACAGCGAUAACUUUAAAACAAAUAUGAACUUAAUCAGUAAUAAAAUAUUAUAUGACCAUUUA